AUGGAUACUUUACAAGAUAAAACUGAAACAAAUAAUGCUACUCCCUGUACUCUUAAAGAGACACUUGACAAUAGUACUUUGAGUAGUACCAUUACCUCCCCCAUAGAAAAGUCGACAUCUCCAACUCUUGUCGAAAAUCUUAAAGAGGGUAAUGAUAAUAAAGAUGGAUUAUUAGGUAUUAGUACUACUAAUGCUACUAUCACUACUAAUAUUAAUAAUAAUAAUAAUAAUAGUAAUAAUAGUAAUAACAAUAAAGACGAAGAUAUUAUUCCUACAGCUAUAGUUAUUAAAAACAUUCCAUUUGCUAUCAAAAAAGAGCAAUUAUUAGAGUAUAUUGGUAACCUAAAUUUGCCCCUACCUUAUGCUUUUAAUUAUCAUUUUGAUAACGGUGUCUUUAGAGGAUUGGCAUUCGCCAACUUCGCCACCAUUGAGGAAACUAAUGCUGUUGUUUCUAGUCUAAAUGGUAAAGAAAUUGGUGGCAGAAAGUUACGUGUUGAAUACAAAAAAUUAUUACCUCAAGCUGAACGUGAUAGAAUCGAAAGGGAAAAAAGAGAAAAAAGAGGUCAGUUAGAAGAACAACAUAGAUCUAUUUCGAAUUUAUCCCUAUCAUCUAUGAUUAGUCAACAACAGCAGCCUUUACACAAUAAUACUAUUAAUAAAAAUAUCAACACUAUUAAUAAUAACAACAACAAUAACAAUAAUACUAAUGGUAACGCUAGUAAUGGAACCAAUAGUAACGCAUACUCAAGUAAUGGAUUAAGUCUGCAGAAUAUUAAUAAUUUUAUUACUGGACAUACAACAUUGAACAGUAUUAAUAAUAAUACUGCAGGUAUCAUAAACCAACCCUUAAGCGCACAACCUACCAAUAUGUCUAAUUAUUCAAAUACCAUACCAAUGUCUUUAAAUAAUAAUAAUAGUACUACUUCUACUACUAAUACUACGGCUACUCAAAACAUGAACAAUAACAUGAACGCGAAUAAUCCAACAAGAAAUUUAGAAAGAUUUUAUGCACCAUUGCCCUCAACCACUAAUAUGCCAUUGCCACCGCAGCAUUUAGAUUUUAACGACCCAGACAUUUUGGAAAUUUAUUCCCAAUUAUUGAUUUUUAAAGAUAGAGAAAAAUAUUACGGUGAAUUAGCUUACCCUCAAGGACUAACUGCCAACCAUAAGAGGGUAAUCAACGUUAUAUGUUCUUUUUUAUGCUUGUAUGAAGUUUAUGAUCCAGAGUUUAUUAUUAUACGUAGAUCAGAACAACCACAGCAACCUUUAUGGUUCAAUUCACACUUCAUGCUGACACAACAACAAAAUCAACAACAAAAUCAACACCAGCAACACCAGCAACAACAACAGCAACAGGUAAAUUCUUCAACUGGGUUUUCUUUACAACCCUCUUUACAACCCAAUUCUACUGGGGGUUCUAUUUCCAAGUCACACUCAUAUACAAGUUUGUUACAAGCACAGCAUUAUGCUGCUGCAGCUAAUACUAGUAUGGGAGCUACUAGUCUGUAUCAAGAUAGCAAUUCUCCACCUCAGAUUUACCAAACCAUAAGCAACAUACCUAAUGGUAACAUGGACAUAAUAAAUAAAUUACAAAGACCACCCUCUGCUAAUGCGAAUAUCGUUUCAGGUACCACAUCUAGUAUUAUUAAUCCCUCCAUGAUGCAACCCGGAAGAAUUCCCUCAAAUACUGCAAACUCUAAUAACAUUCUUCUGAAUAAUAAUCUGAAUAGUAGUAGCCUUACAAACAGCCCCAACACUAUUACUGUAGCCACUUCAAACACAAAUACUUUGAGCAAUCCACUUUUAAGAAACCACAAAGCUACGCCACCCUCAAUGCACACGAUGCCUGUCACUCCAAGCAUGAGCCGCACCCCUUUUUACCCAGUCAAUAAUAGUUCACAGCAGCAACAAACACAACAAGGUAAUGCUAAUGGUAUUACUAAUACUCCCAGCCAAUUAUUGCCACAAAACACUAAUGGUAGUGUACAUUCUACGUAUUCUACUCAAUCGUAUUAUGAACCAUCGGGUAAUAGUUUGUAUACCUCGUUAAGUAUGUCUAAUUUAUUGGGUUCGCAAGCAAUGGGUCAUUCCAAUAGUUUUCAACAAAUUUUAAAUAACAUAACCAGUAGUACACCUGCAAAUGAUUAUCCCACUACAGGGGUUAAUGUUAUGAGUUCCUCCGCUGGCUUGCAAUCGAGUUCAAUGCAAUUUACUGCUGGUCAUUCAAUUGGUGGUCAUAUAAAUAAUUCUAACAAUACUUUAAGUAAUGCUAAUGACAAAAUUAAUGAUAAUGAUACUAAUGAUGAUAAUGACAAUGAUGAUGAUGAUGAUGAUUAUGAUGAUGAUGAUGAUGAUGAUGACGACGAUGAUAAUGGCAACGAUACAAAUAUAGAAUUUGAUAUGACUAAAGGUUUGAGUGGAUUAGAAUUGUAA